AUGCGCGAACGGCUCGACUUUCGGUGUGCCAGUGUUACCCGCUGUGUCAACACUCCAAGACCCGAAACUGCCGAUAGAGUGAGGCAUUUUGCUCUCCUACAUUUCUAUCUUUUCGCAGCCACAUGCAGCUCGAAGCACCCGGUCCCACGACCACCACAUCCCGACCCCGACGUUGAGACAGCCCUCGCAGAAUGGAAUCAUCAAAGAAACCUGUCUCCCCGCUGCCUGCCGCGAAUGCUCCGUUUCACAGCACACUUGGCCUUUCUUGUCAAAGUUGCCAACGACACCUUAAUCGAAAUUCUGUUACACCCAAGCCUUGGACUCUGGCACUGGACGAUCACGCGAAACUCCCAAUUCUCUCGGCGACACUUGACCGUUUCAAAGGGUCGUGAAUUUCAGGUGCGGGAGCGCGCGGGAUUGAAGCGCCAGAGCAUCACAUGCGAAAAGCAGACAAUGCAUGAUCUGCACAACUGGCAUAUGACGAACGCUGGACCUGAAUCUCAAUUUGAAGGGAAAAAGGCUUAUCAUCUCAGGACUGGGGGAAGUUGUGGCUUGGAGUCUUGGACGUCACGAUACUUUGGGAGUCGCAAGCCAUGCCGGAGGAUGCGCGUCGAAGCUGAAGUCUUGUCCUCCAGGACGCGUCUUGGGAAAUCGUCUUUGGUCAGCCCAACACUCGUACCUGUCACCAUGACAUGGGUCAUGGGUGAUGGAAAAGUUGUGCCUGGGCGGGAGAAGCCGGCUCGCGAAUCACGACGAAGCUUUCGUCCCCGACACGAAAAUGCGAAAACUACCGAGUGGCUCCAUCGGACUUUGCCCACGUCCUCACAGCUUGCCGAAGUAAGCAUUCGAUUUCCGCUGUGCGAACCUGUAACGCUCAAAUGUCGCCAUCACGCUCCGACAGCAACACGGCCACACGCGCGAAACUGGUGGGGAAAGAGCGUUCGAAUUUUGGAAAGUGCAAUGGUAAGUGGAGAUUCGCCUUGUUCAUUCUUUCGCGAUACUGGUUGCUUGGCCAGUGAGCAGCAUUCCACCAUCAAACAUCGAUGUUCUGUGCGCCAAAUGGCGAAUCACAAGAACAGGACUCCAAUAAUUCCAAUUCGCCUGAGCCACUUCCACCGCCCAGCACUGGCAACACAACCCAGAACGACACUUUCCACACAUUGCAGCAACCCUCAACAUUGUCAAGCAUAUCCGCACCCGCAUGCACAGCAUCGCACUCUAGGAGCUCGUUUCAAGGCGCUUGUAGCCAAAAAUCCGCUCAACCGGACAGCUCGGCAUACAAUACAAGCAUCUUCACACAACAGUGUUUGCAGCCGAGCCCACAUGAAGCGAAUGAAAGAUAGCGACGACUACAUCACUGUCAGAGGUGCGAAUCCAAGAACGGGUCUCAUAUCUCCAAGCGUGGGCACCCGGACACCGUACACCCCCGAUUCACCUGGGGAAGCUCUGAAGAGAUAUUCGGUAGAACAGCACUCUCCAACUCCAGCACGAACAGAGCGACCAUCACUUUGCCGAGCAAAUGAGGGCAGAAAGAUCAGUUCUGGGAGUGUGCGGAAUCGCAGCGGCCGAGAAACAACACCGCAGCAAGACCAUGUGCCAGGUGCAUUUCCGGGCAACCAAUCGAGCCACCUCGUGGGAAAAUGCCAGCCUGAAGUCGCAUCUUCAGAAUUACGGGAUGAUCAAUUCGUGGUGAACAUGCCAUCUGCGCGUGAGCCACAGCCCUUCUCCUACCCUGGUUACACCGCAGAGCAGAUUGAUGCACUGGAACACUAUCGGCGAAAAGCAAGACGCGUCUCCAGUGAUGGCUACGACCGGAGAUUGUUCCAUGGACAAAGUUUGUGCAAAGUCUAUACCGACUGCCACGAGUGUACGUGCGAAGACCAGCAUGUGACAGAUGCAAGGCCCCUGCCCGACCGCCAAUUCAUUCCAUAUAGCGAUGAUUGCUACCAAGACCGAACAUACGAGGACGUGGAACCUCCAAUACUCGUCGUCCGCAAAAGACCAAAUCCAAGAACGACCAGGAUGACCCAUCACAACGCAGAUGAAGCUAUUCGGGUUUCUGAUAACCACGAUCAUAACUCCAAGAAGAGCCCCCUUCUACCGCCGAGAAUUCCCAAGACACCACCUGUCAAUAAUAGACGGGGUCAUCAUCAAUACGCGUCAACAUCCACCUGCGUUGAAGCGUCACCUCCCAAGCACUCGGCAACGUUUGAGAACCGGGAGACCUUGCAGAACUUUAAGUCUUCCAUGGACUCGGCGCCAAGAAGCAACCCCGUUGCCAAUCUCCAUACCGGCUCUCUUCCCGGCGAUCAAUAUUAUUCUGAUGAUGAUAAUAAUAAUAAGAAGAACUGUGCUUUGCCCAGCCGUCAGCCUCCUGAGUCUUCUCUUCUGACCAGGUUGCCAAAAGUACGAUUGGUGAAGCCUGAACAUGCGGCUAUCCCCAAAUCGUCACGGAAGAGCUCUGGAGACAGGCAGUGUUCCUUUGGUUGUCGAAGAGAUGGCAAUAGCGGUGAAUGUGGUGAGACGAGGAGGAGAAAAGUGUCCGAUGCCACAGUCGUGAGGCAGAGUUCAGUGCUUUUCCACGGACCGACGCCAGGCCCGUCGUCAAAAGAUCGUGAUAAGGACAUUGCAGAGAUGAUAUUGGAAUACGUGACUUCUGCUUUGAGGUACUUGGGUUCUUUGCAGGUUCCGAGGAUAGAUACUUUGGAGCUGCUGAAGGAUCCGGAUGUGUCGACGAGAGAGAAGGCUGAGGCUUUGAAGACGGUGUUAUCUUUGGCUGGGCAUGCUCUGGCUGUGUGUACGAUGCUGGCUAUGCUUUGGCAGUUGGGUGCUGCGGUCAUACAUUUGCUCGAGGUUGUCUUUUGGCCCUUGGCUGUUCCGGUGAGAAUGCUGAGGUGGAUUGUUGGGGUUGGGUAG